ACUCUUUAUGGGCCAAACCCUCUUCCAAAUUCCAAGAUACUAAUCAUUAAAGAAGAAAGAAGAGGGAAGAAGGAAGAAGAUAUGGGCUUGCCCUCUUUCGACGUCUCCAUGAUCCUAAUUAUGGUUCUAUACUUGCUCGGUUUCCUUAACCUUACCAGUGCAGCAGUACCAAAUUACAGAGUCCAUUAUUGCACAAAUGAUACCACUUACACCCCAAACAGCACCUACCAAGUUAACCUAAGUUACCUGCUCUCUUCCCUUUCCUCAAAUGCCACGCGUGAAGGUGGUUUCUACAACGCUACCGCCGGCCAAACUCCUGACACUUCAACUUACGGCCUCUUCCUCUGCCGUGGUGACCUCAGCACAGAUGCCUGUCGAGAUUGCGUGGCCUUCGCCGCCACAGAGAUUGUUCGGGUGUACUGCCCUGUUGAAAAAGUGGCCGUGAUAUGGUAUGAUGAAUGCAUGUUACGUUACUCAAACCGGUCAAUCUUCUCCACCAUGCAGGAAAGACCUGGAUAUUUUAUGUGGAACACGAGGAAUGCAACACAGCCAGACCAGUUCCGUCGGUUGGCGGUAUCCACAUUGAAUGACUUAGUGCCUCGGGCCGCAAAUGCUACGUCCGGUGCUAAGAAAUUUGCCGUGAAGGCGGUCACAAAUGCUUCGGGAUUGCAGGAAUUGCAAACCCUAUACAGCCUUGUCCAGUGCACCCCGGACAUAAAUAGCUCCGAUUGCAGUACGUGUCUUCGGGAAGCCAUCACGAGCCUCCCCAAAUGUGGUCCAUGUGAUGGGAAGCAAGGGGGUAGAGUUCUGAGUCCAAGUUGCAACGUCAGGUUCGAAACAUACCCAUUUUACUUGACACAAUCAGCCGCUGCACCGGCACCGACACCGAUACCUGUGCUCCUUCCUCCGGCUCGAGGAAAAGACAAAAUAUCGACGCUAACAAUUGUCAUCAUUGUUGCUUCAAUUGCUGUCUCUCUGGUGAUCAUCUCUUUGAGCUACUGCUUCCAAAGAAGGAAAGCAAGAAAGAAGAAGCCCAAUGCUCUACCCAAGGAAAAUGCCAAUGAGAUUACAACUGUCGAGUCCUUGCAAUUUGAUUUUGCUACAAUCGAGGCUGCCACAAACAAGUUCUCAGAUGAUAACAAGCUGGGUGGAGGUGGAUUUGGUGAGGUUUACAAGGGUACAUUUCCCAAUGGACAAGAUAUAGCUGUAAAGAGGCUCUCAGGAAGUUCUGAACAGGGUGUAGAGGAAUUUAAGAAUGAAAUUGUUGUGGUAGCCAAGCUUCAACAUCGAAGCCUUGUGAGGCUAUUGGGAUUUUGCUUGGAAGGGGGGGAAAAGAUGCUCGUCUACGAAUUUGUGCCCAACAAAAGCCUUGACUAUUUUCUGUUUGGACCUGACAAGCAAAGACUAUUGGAUUGGCCAAGUCGAUACAAGAUUAUUAGAGGAAUUGCUCGAGGAAUCCUUUAUAUUCACGAAGAUUCUCGCCUUAAAGUCAUACACCGAGAUCUUAAAGCCAGUAACAUCCUGUUAGACGAGGAUAUGAAUCCAAAAAUUUCAGAUUUUGGUAUGGCAAGGCUUUUUGGAGUUGACCAAACGGAAGGAAAUACCAAUAGGAUUGUCGGGACAUAUGGUUACAUGUCUCCAGAAUAUGCAAUGCAAGGAAAUUUUUCGGCAAAAUCGGAUGUAUAUAGUUUUGGUGUCCUAGUACUAGAGAUAUUAAGUGGCGAAAACAACGCUUCUUUCUAUGAAUCAGACACUGCUGUGGACCUGUUGACCUAUGCUUGGAAACACUGGAGCAACGGGACAUCCUUUGAGUUAUUGGAUCCGACUUUGGGAGAUUCAUACGCAAUAAAUGAAGUGAUUCAAUGCAUCCAUAUUGGCUUACUUUGUGUUCAAGAAAAUCCAGACGACAGACCAACAAUGGCAUCAAUAGUUGUCAUGCUUGAGAGUUACUCUGUUACUUUGCCAAUACCUGAAAAGCCAGCACUUUUCCUCCAAGGUGGAUUGAAUCAGUCAAGCAUGCCGACCAAAGAGCUGGAGUCAGAUCGAUCUUCGAGCAAGUCAAUUCCAUUGUCUGUCGAUGAAUCAAAGAUUACUGAAGUAUACCCUCGAUAGAGUGAGUGCAACGACUUGACCUCCAAAAUUAGUAUCUCUUAUAAAUAAGUCAUGGAACACCAACACCAUAUGCUGCAUAUUAUUACUUGAGAAAUGAGAGUUCAUGUAUGUGUAAUAAGCUUGUUAUGCAAUUCCUCUCAGGUUGGUUUGGUUUGGUUCUUAAAAAUAUUAAAAUGGAAUCCAAAGUCGAACCGAACAAUUUUUGGGACAGUGUGAUGUCUUCCAGGAAACUACUGCGGAUAAUUAGAAGUCCAAGUGAGUUUUCUUUUGUUAAUUGAAAAUGAA